AUGGGGAAGAACGGGCUGAUAUCUCCAGGGGCACUCGGCCGGGAAAAGACCUCUUCUUCCCCAGAGCGGGAAACACAUCGAGCUCCGUCCAAUGAUUUGCAGGCCUUUUCCCUCUUCAUAUUGAGACAAUGGCUAGGCUCUCCGGUCUCCAGCGGGACGUUCUCUCUCUAUACCGAAAAUGCCUACGGGAGAUCCGAAAUAAGCCUGAGGACUCCAGGAUCAAUUUCAAGAACUAUGCCCGAUAUCGGUACAAUCCGGCUGAGACGGGACAUCUACAGAGCAGAGUUCCAAAAGCAUCUCUCGGUGAACAAGAAGGACUUUAGCACCAUUGAAUAUCUCUUGCGCAAGGGCCAUCGACAGCUCGAGUUGUAUGCUACCCCGGGAAUCCGCAAUAUCCGAUGA